AGAGCAGCGAAUUUAAAAGAUGAGCCGCAGUCCGUUUUCCUUUUCUUGACAAAACGUCUCUGCUUUUGCCAGAUCGGAGCUCGUACAAAUAAUCCAGACACACAAUCACGACUACGACACGAUGGCUCACAUCACUACACAACGGGAAAAUCAAAGUCUUUCCUUCAUACCAGAGAUAUCCUCGAAGACUCCACUCAAUCCCAAAACCAUGAGAACUCCUCUGCGUACUGGUCGUGGUCGGAAGGCUUUUGGGGUUGUCAAUACGCAGUUAUCAACCCCUGUUGUCAAUAAUCAGGGGAAGAAAACGGAGAAAUUUCAGGAAGCCAAACUCAAGCAUGAAGCUCAGAAGAAAGAGGACUACCCAGAGAUUGAGAAAAUGAUCCCCUAUGAUCCUAUGGAGUUUGAGAAAUACUGCAUUCCUGAGGAUUUAAUUCCUCUCGGUAGUCUCGCUCUGGCUGGUCUGGCUUUCCACCAAAGGCCUCCUCUCUCAGAAAAAGACCAAUAUAAUUAUGUGCCUCCACUCCUAAGCCUGUCACCUGAGAGAAUGCCACAACGCUCGGAUGGCUGCACAGAGUUUGACGCCUUCCUCCAAACGAUUGACGAACUGAUCAUUGAGCUUCCCCCUGAGCCUGGCACUGACUGAAAUAUGUUCAAAUACAGCUUUCUACUCUUCAUACUAUUUCUUUCUUUGAAUUGGAAUGUUUUACAGUUUUAAAUCAUUGCUAUGUAUCUGCAUAUUGUCACUUUAAAGCAGCGCAAUAAAAAUAAAUGUGCACUU